AUGAGUCGUUGUCGUUUUCUUCGGAUUACAAAUGCAGUGGAAGCUCAUAAUCCAUAUUUCAAACAAAGGAUAACUACUCUUAGUGUUCUUGGUUUAUCUUGCCUUCAAAAGGUAACUGCAGCUCACAGAAUACUUGCAUAUGUUAUUGCUGCAAAUUUUAUUGAUGAAUAUCUUCAAAUUGGAGAAACUACUGCGAUAGAGAGUCUUAGAGCUUUCGUCAAAGUAAUCGUAAAAGUUUUUGGUGAUUGGUAUCUAAGGGCACCAAACGAGGCCGAUAUUUGUCGAUUAUUAUCAAUUGGAGAGCAACAUGGAUUUCCAGGGAUGUUAGGGAGCAUUGACUGUAUGCAUUGGAAAUUGAAGAAAUGUCCAAUUGCAUGGCAUGGGAUGUAUACUGGUCAUUGUCGUGAACCAACUAUAAUUCUGAAGCCGACUCUGACAGCUGCGCUGUUCACUCACUCACUCAGAUUAGAUCUGAUCUCAUCUCUCGCUCUCCAAUUCGCAGGUGAAAAUGGCAGAAUCAAAACAGGAUUGAGGAAGCCUGUAUUCACCAAGGUUGAGCAGCUCCGCCCAGGCACUGGUGGCCAUACUCUCACUGUCAAGAUUGUUAGUGCAAAGAUGGUAUUACAGAAGGGUCGAGCUGAUGGUCCUCAAGUACGCCAAAUGAAAAUUGUUGAAUGUUUGGUCGGGGAUGAGACUGGAUUGAUUAUCUAGUAGUGUGUCAUAUCAUGAAUUUUGUUCAAAUGGGCUCUUUCUUUUUUUAGUGACAUUCAAUAUUGUUCUGGGAAAGCUUACAGUCAUUUUUUUUUUUACUUUUCUUUGUGUGAAACUCUGAACCUUGUACACAUGAUCUGAUAAGUGAGAGCGUGGAUUACUUUGGGAAAGAUGUUUGGGUUAGAUGUUCAAUCAAAAGUGAUAAAUCCUCACCAGACCAUUGUGGAUGUUUUAACCAUUUUCACUGCCAUUCCAAUUAAAUGAGAGCGAAAUUUUCUUGAGUUUUGUCUUUUGACAAUUUGGUUGAGGCGGCAUGUGUUAUCUUGGUUUCUUCAUCUGUCAAAACAAGGAACUGAUAAAAAUUCAGAUUAUGUGACUAUCUAGUUUUUGGAUUUUCCCAGUCUUGCUGGUUAUAUUUAACUCUUCUUAUUUUUGUUUAGUGGACUUGAUGCAAGAGGGUAAGGGUACUACUGUGAUCCUUCGCAAUGCGAAAAUCGACAUGUUUAAAGGAUCAAUGAGGCUUGCUGUGGACAGGUGGGGCCGUGUUGAAGUCACUGAACCUGCUGAUUUCACUGUGAAGGAAGAUAACAACCUAUCGCUGAUUGAACAUGAACUUGUAAACGUCGUUGAAGAAUGACUUGUGAAUGGUGUUUGCUACUCAGCUAUGACAGGAGAAUAAAAAACAACUCCAGAAAAAGCAAAUCACUGUUAGAGGACAUAUUAAAUCAAAAAUGCUUGUGAAAGUUCAUUUAGGAAAGAGGAUAUCUGCAAGCUAAUACUGCUCCAGUUGCUCUUACUCCCUAUUUAUUCGUGAACAGUUGUUGAUCUUGCACUACCAUGUCAUGAUAGAUAUAAAAAUGAUCGAAGUAUGUUCGGUUCUUGCA